CUUACCCGGCGAGCCAAUGGGGUGACUUCUUCCUCAAUUACAAGCCAUGUACCCCACAACAGGUAAGUAUUUUUUCUUAAAGGCACUCCGCAACAAGCUAUGUCCUUUUCAUCUCAUCAAUCAAUGUGUCUCUGCAGUAUCGGUCCAUGGAGGGCACGGCUGAAGCAAAAAAGGAAGAGGUGAGGCAAAUCAUCAUAGACACCGCCAAAUGCUCUGACCUAACUCAGAAGCUGGAGCUUGUCUACACAUUGCAGCGUAUUGGGGUUGACUAUCACUAUGGAAAUGAGAUUGAUGAACUGUUGUGUGAUAUAUACGAUGGACAUAUUAUUGAACCUUUGGACCUUCGUACAGCUUCUCUGCAGUUUUACUUGCUCAGGAAACAUGGUUACUGUGUAUCUUCCGAUGUCUUUUCUAAGUUUAUAGACAAGAACGGAAAUAUUGGAAGCACUGAUGCUACAUCCUUGUUGGGCCUCUACAAUGCUGCAUACCUCAGAACCCAUGGAGAAAAAAUACUUGACAUUGCCAUGAGUUCCACAAAGAAGAUCCUAAAAUCUAUUGUUAACCAUUUGGACCCGACAAUUGCAGACGAAAUUAGGCACCACCUGGAAACUCCACUUUUCAGGGGGACUAACAGAGUUGAAACAAAGCGCUACAUCUCGACCUACGAAAAAAAUUCUACAAGAAAUGAGACCAUACUUGAGUUUGCAAAGCUGGACUACAACCUAGUGCAAGGUCUGUACUGCGAUGAGCUGAAAGAUCUUACCAUAUGGUGGAACGGAUUUGACAUCCAAACUCACCUAACUUGGGCGCGCGAUCGAAUGGUUGAGAUUCACUUUUGGAUGAUGGGAGUUCUCUUUGAGCCUCAUUAUUCAUACCCAAGAGUCGUGUUAACAAAGCUGUUUACGCUUGUCUCAGUUUUUGACGACUUCUAUGACAAUUAUAGCACCACAGAAGAAAGCAACAUGUUCACUACAGCAAUAAACAGGUGGGACGAGCAUGCAGUUGAGCAUGCCCCAGCAUACAUGAGGCCUUUCUACAAGGGUACAGUUGCUUCCAUAAAUCAGAUUGAAGAGGAUCUGAAACUUCAGAAAAACAAACAUGCUGAAUUGGUGAAAAAACUGUUUAUUGAUGCGGCAAACUGCUACCAUGCUGAGGUGAAAUGGCGGGACCAGAAGUAUGUUCCAGCGAACCUCGAAGAGCACCUAAAAAUUUCUGCGCCAAGCACUAUAUGUAUGCAAAUAUCAAACAUUGCAUUCCUAUUAAUGGGAGACAUCACGUCAAGUGAGACUAUACAAUGGGCAUGGGCAUACCCAACAAUCAUAAGAGCCGUCUGCAUCAUCGCCCGUGUGAUGAAUGACAUUGUAUCCCACGAGCGGGAACAAGCUUCGGAACAUAUGGUAUCCACCGUGCAGACCUGCAUGAAUGAAAACGGGUGCACGGUAGAGGAGGCAAAUGAAAAGCUUAAUGAAGUAGUUGAGCAAGCAUGGAUGGACAUAUGUGAGAGCUGCAUCCAGCCGACGGCUCAUCCAUUGGCAGUCUUGUCAAGAGUGGCCAAUCUCGCACGGGUGACGGAUUUCCUAUACAAGCACGAUGACGGAUACACCCUCGGCUAUUCGGUGAAAGGGACAUUGGACUCAGUAUAUGUGCAUCCAAUGGAUGUUUAA